AUGCCCAACAUCAACGGGACCGGGCAAUGGAAGAGAAGACUCCUGGGAUCCGUAGUCGAGAGCCAGCUGCUCUACGCCAUCCCGGUGUGGGCAACUACCGUCUGCGGCACUGCUAAAUCCAUCAGCAAUCUUAGGAGACCACAGAGGGUUGCUGCCCUGAGGGCUAUUAGAGCCUACAGGACGGUCUCUGACGAAGCCGCCUUCCUAUUGGCGGACAUUCCGCCAGCUGAUCUUAUCGCUCGGGAGAGGGCGAGGAUCAAGGGUAGAUUCAACGACGAACCUAUCCUAGGAGAUCUACCUAUCUCCAGAAAUAGGAUCAAAAAGGAUGAGAGGAAGGCGACUAUCGCAGAGUGGCAGAUGAGGUGGUCCAGAUCAAGCAAGGCUGCCUGGACUCGCCACCUCAUCCCCGACCUGGUUAGGUGGUACAACAGGACGACUCCAAUAGUCCCCUGGACCUACCACAUGACUCAGGCGCUCACUGGACACGGCUGUUUUCAGUUCUACCUCCACCGCUUCGCUAAGGCCACAAGCCCAAGGUGCGUCCACUGCCAAUGCCCCUYGGACACAGCAGAACACACCUUGUUCCACUGCGAGAACUAG